AUGUGGAAUACAUUGGAAGCUAAGUAUAGACAAGCACAUCGAAUGUGGGAAAAUGCUGCUUAUGCGAAAAUUGCUGAAAAAGAUGCCCUUAUAUCCGAUUUAACUGUAAAAUUACGUAAAUUAGAAGAUGAUUUUGCAUAUAAUUACAAAUUGCUUAAUAUUCGUGAACAAGAAAACUUAAGAUGUCGAAGUGAAAUGACCGAAUUAAUUCGAAGAUUGAAUAAUAGUGCGAAAGAAGUUAGAGAUCUUCAAACUUUAUUAAAAAAUAAUACUAAAACCGUAAGUAAAUUGGAAUUUAUUCAUGAUAAAGAUAAGCAAACAUUGCAGAAAUUAUCUUUAAUUAUACGAAAUAUAAAAAAUGAUUUACAAUCACAACAAACUAUGACUGAUUUCCAAUUGAAAACAAUACAAGAUAAAGAUGAAAAAAUACAAAAUCUUACAAAAGAAUGGCAAGAAUUACGUGAACAAAAUAUCAAAUUGCAACAAGAAAAUGAAUGUUUAAAAACCAAUGUGAACUUAAGUAGCACAGAAUAUAAACAGAUUGAGUUGACUUUAAAAAAAAAUUUGGGUAUUGCUGAAGAGAAAAUAAGGAAUUUAACUAAUGAAAAACUCUUAUUAGGUAAUGAAAAUACUUUUAAUACUCUAGAAGCAAAUCCUAAAUCUGAAAAUGUGAAAUUGAUUGAAACCAAUGCAAAGUUAGAACAAAAAUAUUUGUAUGAAACAAAUAUAAAUAAUGAAAUUACAAGACAAAAUGAAUCUUUACGAAAAUUAAAUGAAGUCAAUGACGAUUUAAAUGAACAAAUUCUAUCCUUGAAAGAACAAAUCAAAGAGAUGGCUUCACAAAAUAAUGAAAUGAAAUCAAAUAGUAAUUUUCAUACGAAUAAUCGUGAACGGGAUGAAGAAUUCGAACGCUUAACAAAGCAAAACUUUAUAUUAAAAGAUGUUAUCAAAAAAUUAAAAUAUGAACGUGAUGAGCAUAAUAUUCAAACUGCCCUCAGUUUAUCAUCGACCCCUCCUGCUGAAAAGUCUACACCAUCACAGGGAGAUAUGCAUAAUUUAUCCAGGCAACAAUUUGUAGCACAUUUUUGGCAAACACACGAGCAUCGAUUAAAUAAGAUACGCGAAGAAAAUAUGAAGAGAAAUAAUAAAUUGAAUAUUUAA